UGACUCCACAUGAGGACGGACUGAGUGGAGCGGCGGCGGCUCGCUGCAGCUGCAGGACGGCAGAUGGCACCGCUGCGCCGUUCCUGCGGACAACUCUUGGCUCGGAGACGCGUCCACGUUGUUCACACUGUGCUUUCGCUCCACUUCCCCUAUUCAGCGUCCCACCCUCACUCUCUGCCUCUCCAGCUUCCAGUGUGCACCUAUCCGUCUCCCACAAGCAUCAGCUGCCUCUUCCAUCAGUCUCCGCGCUCCUACGGCGCACAGAAAUAAACCAGCAAGGCGAUGGGAACUCUGCGCCCGGAACGAGCGGUCUCUGCGGCCGCCGCGAGCCUCUGCAUCUUCCUGCUGACCGCCGCGGCGGUGUGGACGGCGCUGCCCGGAGCCGUGCAGGGGGACAGCGGGUCUUUUAGCCGGCGCGGCGGUAGCGGGGAGGAUCGGACGUUUGACGCGGGCGGCGGCGGCGGUGGCGGGGUGCCGCGCGCCAGGAGAGCCGCGUCCUGGGAUAAACGGAUGUCCCUGCUCAGCAGCUCGUUUGUGCUGAAAGGAGAUGCGACGCACAACCAGGCGAUGGUCCACUGGACGGGAGAGAACAGCAGCGUCAUCCUGAUCCUGACCAAGUAUUACCAUGCCGACUCAACCAAGGUGUUGGAGAGUUCGUUGUGGAGGUCCACUGAUUAUGGGACGACCUACACCAAACUCAACCUGAUUCCAGGGACAACCAUCGUGGUGACCAGUUUCUACAUCUGUCCAACCAACAAGAAGAAGGUAGGAGAUUUCAUUUGUCUCAAAACCCAGA